AUGGAGGAGGCUCUGGGACAGUUCUUCAUUUUUGUAGGGCUGCUGGUGUGCCUGAUUUGCCUGGUCAAGUGCAUGAAAUUCUCCCGAUGCAUUUUCCUGAGCUUCUGGAAAGUACAGUCAAGGUCAUUCUUGAAGUCAAUGGGCCAGUGGGCAGUGAUCACUGGAGCAGGUGAUGGCAUUGGGAAAGCAUAUUCAUUUGAGCUGGCAAAACAUGGACUCAACCUUGUGCUUAUCAGCCGGACGCUGGGAAAACUACAGAGCAUUGCCAGAGAGAUUGAGUGGACUACAGGAAGCAAGGUGAAGCUUAUACAAGCAGACUUUACCAAAGAUGACAUCUAUGAGUAUAUUAAAGAAAAACUUGAAGGUUUAGAAAUUGGCAUUUUAGUCAACAACGUCGGGAUGCUUCCAAACCUUCUCCCAAGCCAUUUCCUUAGCACCUCAGAUGAAAUCCAGAAUCUCAUCCAUUGUAACAUCACUUCAGUAGUCAAGAUGACACAGAUAGUUCUGAAACACAUGGAAUCAAGGCAGAAAGGUCUCAUCUUGAACAUUUCUUCAGGGGUAGGCCUUUGCCCUUGGCCUCUCUACUCUCUCUACUCAGCUUCCAAGGCUUUUGUGUGCACAUUUUCCAAGGCUCUGCAGGUGGAAUAUAAAGAAAAGGGAAUCAUUAUCCAGGUGCUGACUCCAUAUGCUGUUUCAACCCCAAUGACAAAGUAUCUCAAUACCAACAUGAUAACCAAGAGUGCUGAUGACUUCGUUAAAGAAUCACUGAAUUAUGUCACGAUUGGAGAUGAAAUCUGUGGCUGCCUUGUGCAUGAGAUUUUGGCGGGCCUCCUGAACCUGAUUCCAUCCUGGGCCUUCUAUAGUGGCACCUUCCAGAGGAUGCUUCUGACGCACUACACACACUACUUGAAGAAAAACACCAGCAGCAGCUAGUGCAACGCCAGCUGGCCUGGAACCCAUCCUCUUCUUUACCAAGAUCCUAGUGACUACCUGGACCAGAGGAGCAGGCCUACACCUUCAUCUGCCCAAAGCUGGAGAAGGCCUGUGUCAUGAACACAGCAUUUCAAAUACACAUUGUUUCCCACCAUACUCGUCUAGAGAUUUUUUUGAAAAGCUGUUGUGUAAAAAUAGGUGCUAUGCAAACGCUUUUAAAGGCUUCGUGCAGGAGGGGAAGAGGGUAUCUAUGGUUGACAUAUGAA